UUUAAUUCAUAUAACAAAAGUUCCAAUUAUGCUUAUUGGAGUUACAAGUUCUUUUUGUUCUGACCCAGAAUCAAUAAUCGAAUGUCUUAAAUCUGAUAAACACGGCUUUAAAGACGGAAACGACGAAGUGAAUGAAUGGAUCGAAGCAAAGAGAAAAGCUAAAAAGAAAAUUAAAGAACGUUGGGAUGAACUCUUAAAAAUGGUCAAAAAUCAUUUUGAAGAUAAUUAUGUGAUCGAAAUCAAAAUAGGUGAUUUAGAACAAUUAAAGGAAUAUAGAAAAAGUCCUCUUUUUUUAUUAUUGGCCGUGGAUAAUAAGUUGAGUGAUAAAUACAAAAUCUGGGAAGAGAGAAACGGCGGCAAAGAUUUUGAAUUAUUUAUGAAAGAAAAUGAUAAUAGAGACGGCAACACAAAUUUUGAUUUUGAAAAAUUUUUUAAAUCAUAUAUAUCAUUUAUGAAAGAAAAUGAUGUUUGGUGGGGAAUCGAUAAGAACCAUAAAUUGAUGUCUAUUGCUGAUUUCACCGUGAAAUCAAAAGAUGAUCUUCAUAAAAUUAUGUUGUCACCAGUGCGAUCAACGAAAAAUGCUUAUUUUAUGUAUUUAGCAGAAUUGGCCGCAUCAAGAACAAAUUGUAUGAGCCGUAAAGUUGGAUGUGUAUUAGUUAAAGACGGGUAUAAAGUAAUCGCAACUGGAUAUAAUGGAACACCCACGGGUCUUAAACAUUGUAUUGAAGGUAAUUGUAAAAGUUGUAAGGGUGAAGAUAAGGAAUUUUGUAAAUGUAUACACGCGGAAGAAAAUGCGAUAAUGAUAGCCGGAAUGAAUGCAAAGGAUUGUAUUCUUUAUUGCACUACCCCUUAUAAAGGUCUGGAAGAGGUCGAGGAAUUAUUUAACGAAGCUAAAGAAAAAGCUGAAAUUGGAAUAGAACGUCUCAGUAAUGAUUCGCUACCGCCAAAAAAUUUCAUGUUAUAUCCUUUAUAA